CUCUUCCCGAGCGUCUUGCAGUUGUUCCACGUGUUGUCGUCCGGCUGGACCUCGGCUUAGGCUUUGGACUUCCCCGCUGCCUGGAUGCCUGCUUCCACGAGUUUGUUUACACCUUGCGGGAUUGCUUUUUGUCUGUUCGGUUCUGAGGCCGCGGGCUUGGAAGGAGUGGGGAACUCUGAUGUAUGUGGAUGGGAGGUUCGGUGCGUGAUGGGAGGGACUUGGGUCAGCGUGCUUGUCCGGGACAGUGGAACGAUCUGUGCCGACGACCGUGGUCCGGCUGACUCCACUCUCGGCGUGUCGGCUCCGGUGGGAUGGUGACGGAACCCCGUUGUGCCGGUUUACGGGUGGUGUCGGCCGCUGGAGGAGUCUCGGGGGUUAGGGAUCGGGUGGUAUUCGGGGGUUCCGACUACACUAUUUGUGUGGUUUGUGCACGAUGUGCUUUUGCCCUUUGACGUGAAG